AUGCAGGCAUUAAACGUCCUAGUGCUCGUCCUUCUAUCCGUCUACCAAGUGAGGACACAAUACCAUUACAGCAGUCAGAAAUGUUGUAAGUGUCCAGAAACGGAGGAGAACAAUAAUGCCAACGCCAAUAUUCCGAGUGGCAGUCUGAGCGCGGACAAGCAGGAACUGCUUGAUCUUCAUAAUCAAUAUCGUCGUAAAGUCGCGGGAGGUAAAGUUCCCAGGCAACCAGCAUCUUCGAAGGUUAAAGACCUGGUAUGUUCAAUUCAACACUUGGCUUUAGACGUUGAGAUGGAUCUUACACCAUGUAUUGCCUUUUAUUUCAACCUAGCAAUGGAGUAA